AUGCUACAGCUCGCCGAGUUUUAUUUCAAUGUGGACCAUGGCUACCUGGAGGGUCUGGUCCGAGGGCACAAAGCCUGCCUCCUGACCCAGCAAGACUACAAUAAUUUGGUGCAGUGUGAAACUCUGGAAGACCUGAAAAUUCACCUUCAGACUACAGAUUAUGGCAAUUUUUUGAAUGAAGAAACUGUCCCACUCACAGUUUCUACCAUCGACAACAAAAUGAGGAAAAAAUUAUGUGAACAUUUUGAGCAUUUCAGAAACAACUCCUUGGAGCCACUCAGCACAUUUUUCACCUAUAUGACGUGCAGCUAUAUGAUUGAUAAUGUGAUUCUGCUGAUCAAUGGUGUACUACAAAAGAAAUCUGUCAAGGAAAUUCUUAAGAAGUGUCACCCCCUGGGAAGUUUUAUGGAAAUGGAAGCUGUCAACAUUGUAGAGACACCCUCAGAUCUAUUUGAUGCUGUUCUGGUUGAAACACCUUUGGCUCCUUUCUUUCAAGACUGCGUGUCUGAAAAUAUCCUUAAUGAAGUGAAUAUUGAAAUAAUGCGUAAUAAACUCUACAAGUCAUACCUUGAGGCUUUCUACAAAUUCUGCAAAGAUCAUGGUGAUGUCACAGCAGAAAUAAUGUGCCCUAUUCUUGAGUUUGAGGCCGACAGACGUGCUUUUAUCAUCACACUUAAUUCCUUUGGCACGGAGUUGAGCAAAGAAGUGCGAGAGACAUUGUACCCAACCUGCGGUAAACUGUAUCCAGAAGGAUUGCGCUUGCUGGCCCGAGUAGAAGAUUAUGAGCAGAUGAAGAUUGUGGCUGAAAACUAUAUUGAGUACAAGCCCUUGUUUGAAGCUGUUGGUGAUGGCCCUGACGGAAAGUCAUUGGAAGAUGUAUUUUAUGAACAUGAGGUAAAACUGAAUGUACUGACCUUCAACAGGCAGUUCCACUAUGGAGUGUUUUAUGCUUACAUAAAACUGAAGGAACAAGAGAUGAGAAAUAUUGUGUGGAUUGCUGAGUGUAUUUCACAAAGACAUCGAACAAAAAUUAACAAUUAUAUUCCUAUUUUAUAAUUCAGUGGGAGAAGCAAGGUUAGAAAAUCAACAAAGACAAAUGUGCUCUUGUGGAAAAUGAUAGAGGGUAUUUUGCUAUAUACUGUGGGCUAUGCAAAAAUAAACAAA